GCAUCAGAAAAUGAACCAAAUGUUUGUGAUAAUAUCGAGGAAAAUGAAACUUUACCUGUUGUCAAAGAACAAAAACUCUCUGAUGUUGUUCAAAAUUUACAAGGCUUUUAUAAAGAAAAGGCUUCGACAGAGAUUUCAGUGCAAGUCUGGUUUAUUUGCGUGUUACAUUUAGCAAAUGAAAAAAAUCUUGAUAUAUUACCUAGUGAAGAUAUGAAAGACUUAAUAAUUACUAAAGAAUAG